AACUAAAGUCAAAAUAAAACAAAAAAUAUGUUUGAAAUAUCAAGGAUAAUUAACAUAUAUUUCUAAAAAUGCAUAGAGAUCAAUGAAAAGAUGUCUGUUUCUUUUUAACAUGUACUAAGUACAUUAAGGAUAUUUCAAUAAUUAAUAAAUGACCACUGCAGUCUGAUGGAAAAUCGUAUUUGCUCAUAAAAAUAAUGUUUCUAAGUUCAUUUCGAAUGCCUCAGAACAAAGCAAUACACUGUUACCUCUUGAUGAGCUUGUGGAUUUUAUUAAUCGUUGUCGGUAUUUACAAGUUUUUAGAAGAAAAACAGAAAACGCCAGAACCUGAAGUAAUUUCGUCCACUUCAUACACGAAUCUUGCAUUAGAUGCUAAAACUAAGAGAAUAUUUCGAAUAUGUAACUUUCCUGAGGAUCUUGUAACAGGAGAUGAAGGUGCUAUUCACACAAGCAAAUGGUCACUUAAAGGUCUCUUAAUACUUAUAAGACAUGGAGAUCGAGGUCCCCUUCAGCAUAUAAAGAAAAUAUCAUCCAUAAACUGUGGGACACCCAGUACUGAAAUGUUAACAACAUAUAAGGCUUAUUUACAUAAUCAAUCCCUUCCUGGGAAAGUUUCAUGGGUUGGACCAGGACCAUUUCAUGGUUUUCCAUUUUUGCCAAUGCACCCUAGUCAGUGUCAUUUAGGCCAACUAACUAUGCAAGGUGUAUCCCAACUGCUUAAGUUGGGAAAUCUACUUAAGCAAAACUAUAAAGAUGUUUGGCCAAAACUGCAUUCGUUAAAACCUACUGAAGUUAUGAUACACAGCACACGUUAUAGAAGAACAUUUCAAUCAGUUUUAGCAUUUUUAUAUGGUUUAAUUCCUCCAGAAACUUUAGAAAAAGUUGUUAUGUACGAGAGCCAAAGUAUGAGUUUCUGUUUUAGAGAUUGUGGAUGUCCUGUUACUGAGAAAUUAUAUAAAAACGUCAAAAAGAGUAUAUCACAUCAACUUCAAUCACAUCCAGCUGUAGCGGCAUUAUCGGAAUCAACAGGAAAUGCUUUAUUUUCUGUUAAUGGAGAACCUACAACUGUUAAUACAGAUCCACAUUUCGUUAGAGACGCCCUUUUGACUUUUGUCUGUCACAGAAAUGGCCUUCCUUGCGAUACACCUGUCAAUUGUAUAAGACGUCAAAACGUAGUAGGAAUAUUCGCCUACACUGACUGGGUAAACUACCAAAAAUGGAGGAAUGCAUUUUGGAAGAGAUACUGUAUAUUAAAAUCAUACGGCUUGAUUAGGCACAUCGUCCAACACAUGCUUCAAAUGGUAUCUAAUAGCGGACCUUACCUCGUGGUUUAUUCUGGACAUGAUCAUACUCUGGAGCAAUUGAGUACAGCUCUGGGCCUUCAAAACGACCCGUUCCUUUUGAGAUACGCAGCCAGAAUUGUAUUUGAAGUGUAUCAAGAAAAGCAGGAAUUGGAUAAUACUCAAGGUAUAUAUUUUAGACUGCUCAGCAACGGAAAAGAUAUCACUAGACAAGUUAGUUUUUGUAAAAAUAUUGUAAACGCAGGUGCAAAAAUAAGCCUGUGUAAAAUAGAAGAUAUCGUUAGGUUUUUACAUGAUGAUUAUUUUAGUUCGUUGAAUGUAACUAAUUUUAAAGACGCAUGUAUGCGAUGAACUUGUGAUUUUAGAUUUAGGAAAUAGUAUUAAAACUUAUCAAUGAUAUUAUAAUUAUAUAGAACAAACCCCUAAUGCGAAUGUCGGAAUUCAGUAUAACUUAACAUAAUUUUGCAAAUGUCUUUAUGAAAAUAUGAAAUGUAUGAAUGAGUCUACAUAGUGCUUCAAUUUUUCUAUAGAUUUUAAUAUUUAUAUGGUGAAUGUUUCAAUAAUGACGAGAGUGACGAGACUUAACAUAGUAGAGACAAUCAAUCAGUAUUUACUGAAUAUAUUGAUCUAUAUCUAUAUCUGAAGUCUUCAAACUCAUAAUGAACUCUUAAAUGUAAACUAAUUAAAGUAUAUCUAUGGGAUGAAAUAAUUGAGACUAAAAGAUGAAAGAGAUGGAGACUAAUCCUAAAAUUAAUAUACUGUAUAUUUAGGAAAGUCCAAGAGUAGACAAAUGUAGUGGAAGAGGAAGAACACCUAUACGUUGGGUUGACAACAUCAGGCGUAUCACCAAAAAUUGGCAACAAAGAGCACAAAAUCGUAAAGAAUGGAGACGUUUAAGGGAGGCAUAUGUCCAGCAGUGGACGUGAUAAAUGAAGGCUGGAUGAUGAUGAUGACAGUUAGGAAAAAUAUGACAGGGAAACUAAAGAACUGGAAACCCUAAGAAAUCAGAAAGAGAUAAGAAACAUAUAGAAAGAAUCAACAGUACAAGAAAAGAAUUUAAAACUAGAUUAAAUCUGUGUGGGGACAAGAAAGACAUAUAUUUUAGCUAAUAAGGAGAAAAUCGUUAAGAGGAGGGCGGAACAUUUCAAGGAUUUGCUGAUGAUGUCUAGAUACGUUAUGAUACGUCUGGAUACGAUGUUAGACCGAGUGAGAACUAUGAGCGUAACAUACAGACUAGACCUUAAUAUUAAGAAAACUAAAUUGAUGGUUGUCAGCCGUGCACAUUUAGAUCCUGGGGCACUAAUGGCAGGUAGCAAAGAGAUCCAGAGAGUCGACAGAUUCACUUACCUCGGAACUACUCUCAACUCACAAUGGGACUACGCUUAAGAGAUUAGAUCCAGAAUUGAAGUGGCAUGGUCUACAUUUAUCCAGUUGAGAUCCUUGCUGUGCUGCAGUAAUCUCAGUUUGUGAACCAAGAUGCGGAUAGAGAGGUGCUAGCUACAUUCUUCCAGUGUUACUAUAUAUGGUUAAAGCCUGGACACUGACGCAAGCCACAGAAAAGCAGAUUGAAGCCUUCGAGAUGUGGAUCUACUGAAGGAUACUAAAAAAAUCGUAUGUGGACCAUGUCAUCAAUAUUGAAGUCCUACAGCGCAUGAGAAAAGAAAAAGAAGUGCUUAAUUUAGUGAAACAACGUAAGCUUGAGUACCUUGGGCACGUGAUGCGGAACGAAGAAAAAUAUCGAAUUAUUCAACUCGUUACGCAGGGUAAAGUAUUUAGCAGGAAAGGGCCGGAAUGCCGUUGUAUCUUGUGGUUAAAACCACGAUUCCGAAACCAACAAUGGUUUGGGAUGACCUCCGAGGAGCUGUUUCGCAGAGCAGUCAGCUAAACCAUGAUAGCCUUGAUGAUCGCCAACAUCCGGACCUGAUAAAAGAAGAAGUCUAGAUACGCAAUUAAACUUUGGUCUAAAUGAGACUGAUGUACCGAUCUGACAGGAAACCAACGAGGUAAUCCGAAAGAUAAAGAACAAGAAAUGAUGAAAUCUUCGCAGAAUUUCACAAAUAUGGAGAAGAACACUUAACCAACAAAAUCCACAAAAUUGGAACAAGACUAUGGGAAGAAGAAGAGAAAAUGGUGAUUAGCUUGAAUACAAUGUAUAAAAUACUAUCUAAUACAAUUUACGCUCGUCUGAUCCCAUAAUCUGAAGAUAUUCUGGUUGAAUACCGAAGUGGAUUGACAGCUGGUCAGUCAACAAUAUAGAAGAUAUUAAGAUAAAUCCUUAAAAGCGCCAAGGCAUAUAUCGACAUCUGCCGCCUGUUCGUAGAUUUCAAAGCAGGUUAUGAUAGCGCGAUACAAACAACUUAUGUGCAACAAUGGAAUACUUCGGAAUUCUUGUUAAACGGAUGGUCAUGAUCACAAUGUCAAAAACCAUAAUAUGUAAAGUAAAAAUACAAAAUAGCUAUUCUAAAAAUUAAUCACCAACACAUGACUGUUUUUAAUGCGCCUCAUUUUUAAUAUUGCGCUAGAGAAAACGAUAAAAAUGCAAAACUGAACAGCCGUGAUAUAAUACUUAAUAAACCUAUCCGGAUAUUGGCCUAUGCAUAUGACGUUGACCUUGUCGCAAGACAGAAUCUGUAACUAAGGAGAUGUUCGCUGCAUUUUCAAAUGCAGCAGGUAAUAUGGGUAUAAUGAUCAAUGAAAGGGAAAAUAACUCAUAGCAUCAUAGACAGAUUACAGAAUCAAAAACAUGGGACAAAACUUUAACAUUGGUAACUAUAAUUUUGAAUGUUGGCAAACAGAAAUUAUGGACUUAUCGAAGACUUAAUUGUGAAGAACUAUUAAAGUGCCAUUUAAAAAAUUUAAUUUUCCUUUUAUGUGUGUAUGCGGAUGUGUGCGUGUGUAUGCCUGUAGAACAAACUUUAUCUUCGGACUUAAUCCAUUAGCCAUAUCUCGUAUUUUUUCUCUCUAAACAUAAUAAAUUUUUAGCAUUUAUACUUUGAUUGAAAUAAUUAUUAAAAUAAUUUUCCGAUUAUUGGUUAAACGGAGAUAUAUUUCUAAUUGUUUUAAUAAACUGAGUUAAUUAUUGAAAUAAUGGAUAUUCAUACUAAUUCAUUCACAAUUUCUACCGGUAUAGCUUUUAUAAACGCCAGAUUUUCUACGGUCGCAUUCAGUUGGUUUGUUCUGUAUACAAAAUGUAGAGUACAAAUAUUUGAAGAGAUUAUGCCAUCGAAUUUUAAAGUAAUAGCACAGAAUAAUAAAAAAUCAGAAUGUCCACUCUCAGAUGCCGCCUUUGAAGUUUUUCAGCACGCGCGCCAUGUUUUAGAAGGAAACACAUAACACAGACAUAUGAUUUGUGAGGUUAUGUAAUUGUUUAUAUUUAUGUUUAAUUAUUUACUAUUAAACUGGGAAUAAGCCACAAUUAAAGAUAAAAAUACGUUUAUUGACGUUUCAAUUUCCACUUCGGAAAUCGUUCUCAAAAUACAAACAGUAAAUUAAACAAAUUUUGUUUUUUGUUACAUAGUGAAAAAUUCUUCUAAUAAUUUAAUUUUAUCUGACUCAUUUAUAUUGACAAUUCAGACAUACAUUAUGCAUUUUAAAGUAGACGACUUUAAAAUGAUAUUGCCAAUAUUGUUGAGUUGCGCUCCUGAGACGACUUUACUUAUAAGAUAGUUCAUUCGAUUACAUGAAAUCAACUUUAACUUGGGAACAUCCGUCAGAAAAAAAUCAUAGCAUGUAAUUCGUCUUUAAAAAGACAAACACAUGACAUGAUGACAGUAAAAUUCUCCUGUUAGUGAUUCCAUAGUAAAUUAUGAGGGAAAACCAGGAAAAAAACCUCAUAAUACUAUCCCGACAUUGUAAGUAUUUGUUCGUGAAUUUAGUUUACCUUCAACAAACAUCAAAAUUCUGAUUUUAUAUGUUACGUUAUUUAAAAAACAUAAAUGAUGUAUCCUCUAUAUGUUACUGACUUACUAAUACUGGUAUUUUCUUAUUAAUAACUUCCUCUUUCAAUAUUCGUAACCAGAUCCUACUACAUUCUGCCGAGGAAUUUGCGACACAAUUGGCCUCAUUUAGCAUAAUUAGAGCCGCUACUUUGAUUUUUCUUUUUUUACCAUCCGUUUCUUUUAGGACUACAUUUGAAUUAUUCCAUUGAACCCUAUGUUCAUUAUCCCAUGCGUGUUUACAGAUUUGAGAUCUAUCAAAUUCUUUAUUUUUAAUAUAAGAUUGAUGUUCACUUAUUCUAACAUUUAAUGGCCUUGAUGAUUCACCUAAAUAAAACUGAUCGCAUUCACAAGGUAUUUUAUAAAUGCAAUUCUUUGUCCUUUUUUGUUCAUUGUUAGGUUUGGUUUUGGACAAAAUAGAUCUCAACGUGUUUGUUGUUUUGAAUGUUGUUGAAAUGUUGAAUUUAUUUCCUAUCCUUUUAAGUUUUUCUGAUAGUCCUUUUAUGUACGGUAUUGUUAUUUUCCUCAUAUUAUUCCUUGUGUAUGCUGUAGGAUCUCGUUCUAAGUUGUUCUGUUCUAUUCGAUCGAUUGUUGAAAAUUCCUUAUUUAUAAACGAUAAAGGAUAAUCAUUUUUUAUUAAAACAGAUGUUAACAGAUGUUUGUCCUCCAAGAACGAAUUUUCAUUAGAACAAGUAAUUUUGGCUCUAUCGUAUAAGGAUUUAAUUAUUCCCUUUUUUACAUUAAUAUUGUGAUUUGAUUUGAAAUUUAAAUAUCUAUUGGUGUGUGUUGGUUUUCUAUACACCUGAGUGGAAAUUGAAACGUCAAUAAACGUAUUUUUAUCUUUAAUUGUGGCUGAUUCCCAGUUUAAUAGUAAUUAAUUUACAAUGCCAUAAGAAAAUAGCUUCAGAACAAUAUAUUUAAUUAUAUUAUAUUUAUGUUAUUAUAUUUAACAAUUUAUGUUAUUAUAUUUAACAAUGUUAAUAUAAUUGUAUAGUAUGUCUAUGAUUGCCGUAAGUCAAUAAACAGGGUUAAUUUUUCUAUGUACACCACAUAAACAACACUGGUUCCCUGUAAAACAUGGCGGAACGUCUGCGCGAACGAGAUGCGCAUACUUAAUUUUCUAUGGAGAGUGGUUAUUCUGAUUGUUUAUUAUUCUGUGGUAAUAGUCUAGGAUAUUAUAUUAUAAUACAAAUUAAAAAUUUUUUGCACCC